CAUCAUUAAUAAACCUCUCCAUCUGAAUUUCGAACUUCAAAUCGAAAUUGGGAGUUUUAGGGUCUUUGAUCUGCAAAUGGCGGAACACCAGAAUAAAAACAAGUAUAGUAUAAUCAUCCCAACUUACAACGAACGGCUCAACAUCGCCCUCAUCGUCUUCCUCGUCUUCAAGCAUAUACCGGAUGUUGACUUUGAAAUAAUAAUUGUGGAUGAUGGUAGUCCUGAUGGAACUCAAGAUAUUGUCAAACAGUUGCAGCAAGUGUAUGGUGACGAUCGCAUUCUAUUAAGAGCUAGGACUAGGAAGCUUGGAUUAGGGACUGCUUACAUUCAUGGUCUGAAGCAUGCUUCAGGAAAUUUUGUCAUAAUCAUGGAUGCCGAUCUAUCACACCAUCCAAAGUACCUUCCACACUUUAUUAAGAAACAGAUGGAGACAGGUGCCAGUAUUGUUACUGGAACUCGGUAUGUAAGAGGUGGGGGCGUGCAUGGUUGGACUUUGAUGCGCAAAUUGACAAGUCGAGGGGCGAAUGUCCUUGCACAUACGCUUCUUUGGCCUGGUGUAUCAGACUUGACAGGCUCGUUUCGUCUUUACAAGAAAUCCGUGCUUGAGGACAUCAUAAGCUCUUGUGUGAGCAAGGGAUACGUUUUCCAGAUGGAGAUGAUUGUCCGAGCAUCAAGAAAAGGAUACCAUAUCGAAGAGGUUCCGAUCACUUUUGUAGACAGAGUUUAUGGAAGUUCGAAGCUUGGUGGAUCAGAAAUAGUGGAGUAUCUGAAGGGUCUCGUGUAUCUUCUCGUGACCACGUAAAGGAAGAAGGUACCAACCAUUCAAUCAUCAAACCGGCAUUGCUUUUAUUUCUAUUUGAUUCAACGACUCAUAGCCAUUGACCAAAUAGCCAUUUUUUUACAUGAGAAAGGGUUUCUGUUAUUGUACUUGAUUUGGAUUUUGGCUUAUUUAUAGUGUAGAACAUGUCUGUAUUAGUUAAGAUAUUUUCAAAGAUGUUUGUUCCAUUGUCGGGAAUUUUUAAGGCCAUUUAGUACUUCCAAAGUACAAGGUCCCAUGAUUGUUAAGCCAUGACAAUAGCCAUGUGAUUGGUGGUACUUUAAUAUAAUUGUUAAAAUCA